UUUUGGAAAUGAGAGUCUUAGUCUGCUCGUUGUACCUAUCGUUUCUGUCCAUAGUAAGAACAGAACACACGAUAGAAACCGCUUUACUAGAAACUUCAUUGGGUACAAUUAAAGGCGUAAAGGGACUAUUUGCUGAGACUGGUGACACUUUAUACGAAUUCCGUGGAAUACCAUUUGGAAAACCUCCUACUGGAUCUCUGAGAUUUAAGAAACCAGUGCCUUUCGGAUUAUGGAAAGAAACAGUAGAUGCCACUGCCUUUCGCUCGGCAUGUCCACAAACUAUUCCUGAUUUUAUGCCUGAAUUAUCAAGACCUACAACAUCUGAAGACUGUUUAUUUUUAAAUGUGUACGUACCAAAUUCAUUAGACAAAUUGAAUAACUUUUCAGUAAUGGUCUGGAUUCAUGGCGGGGGGUUUGAAGUUGGGUUUGGAAAUGAGGAAGAUCUUUCGCGAAUGACAAUAGAGGGGGACAUUAUAAUGGUCAGUUUCAACUACAGACUCGGUAUUUUUGGAUUUUUAGCCAUAGAUCACCCAGCUGCACGGGGUAACUAUGCAUUAUGGGAUCAGAAAUUAGCUUUACAGUGGGUUCAUGAUAAUAUUGAAAUGUUUGGCGGGAAUCCGAAUUCUGUGACUAUUUUUGGAGAAUCUGCAGGCGGCUACAGUGUAUCACUUCAAUCCCUUAUAUCUACAAAUAAAGGUUUAUUUCAUCGUGCUGUUGCUCAAAGUGGUGUCCAUAGUAAAAUCCUUAUGCGCAAACAGGAUGAAGUUCAAGAAUAUGCAAAUCAACUGUCGAAAAAAUCGUUGUGUCCAAUGGAAGAUGAGUACAAAUUCGUAGAUUGCUUACGAGAAAAAACAGUUCAGGAACUUUUAGAUAUUGCUGACUUUUAUUCGACGGUAUCGGAAGACAAAUUAAAAAGGCAUAUAUUUUUUAAAUCGCAUAGUUAUCCUGUUGUUGAUGGCGAGUUGUUUACCGAAAAUCCUAUCGUUAGUUUGGAGGACAAAACGUCUGCUGUUUCUCAGUUCUUCGGAUCUCUUGACUUUAUUUCUGGAACAACUUCUAAUGAAGGAUCAUUAUUAUAUUUGAUCACAUUUCCUGAACUCCAAGAAUUUUAUAGAUUUAACGUAACGGAAGAAGUUCCACACAAAGUAGCGUGUGAGGCAAUAAUUUCAUCUUAUGUUGAGAAGUAUCUUAGAAGCGACGACAGUAUUAUAGAACAAAUGUGCAAUUUUUACAAAGCGGAUGCAUCUACCAAAGAACAGAGUCUCAGAACAACAGAACUCCUGGCGGAUGUUAUGUUCACAUAUCCCUCCUUAAAAAUGUUGGAAUUCCACGCAGCUUUGAAAAAUGGAAAAACUUACCAGUAUUUAUUUUCUAAGACUAGUCCAGAUCCCUUUGGAGGAACUCCCCCUGAAUGGUUUGAAGGCAGUGGGCAUGGAGACGAUCUAAUAUGGUUGUUUAAAGUUGGAGACCAUGAAAUUUCUGAUGAUGAGAAACAAUUUUCUAAAAACUUAAUACAAUAUUGGACUUCUUUCGCAAAAUCAGGUAGACCAAUAGGUGGACCUGGAUCGAUGUUCUGGAUACCAUUUGAUUUGAGCGGACGAAUGUAUUUAAACUUCGAUAUUCCAACAGUUCUUCAAAGUUUCUACAAAAUGGAGACGUCUGAACUAUGGUCAGAUAUAUACACACUAAUUGAGAAAGAUGAUAACAGAAAAGAACAUGACGAAUUGUAGAAACGCACUGGUCUUUAAGGCCAGGUGAGUUUUUCUCAUCACUUGUCGUCCGUCGUCCGUUAACUUUUGAAUCAACAAAAAACUAACACCGUCGUCAUUUAUUUUGAUCUGUUCCGUAUUCGAACAUAAUAGCAUAAACCUGACAAUGUGUACCAUAAAUUACGAUUGGACAACAUUUUCCGGGACAAUUCUCUUCAUUGUUGAAUUUUUGAAGAUUUGAUUGAUCAAAUCAUUAUACUGAUUAAUUACUUUUCAUCCACAAUUAUUCUGUAACGCAUGCGCAGUAAAAUCA